AUGAUUCUUCCUCUACUGGUGGUCCCACCUCCGAAUCACUCGAGACUGAAAUUUUUGAGGACCGACUCUCGCAGGAGGCAAGAACCUGUACUAAGGUUCAAAUUUAAGGAUUUACAGAAUUGUGAAGGGGAGAAGUCGAUUCACAGACUAGGCAGCGAGACCAACAUUUGCACUGGUUCUUUUGGUAUUGUUCAUUGUGCUGAUUGGAAUGGCUCUGAUGUUGCAGUGAUAAUUCUUUUAGAACAAGAUUUUCAUCUAGAGAAUCUCUAUGAAAAAACAAGAAGGAAGGUGAAACGACAGCUGUCUCCUUAUCCAUUUCCAUGCCUUCAUCAAAUUAUAAUAAUAGGAUGCAACAAGCAAUUGGACCUCAAAAAGGAGGAUGAACUUGAGAAGAAGCUAAAGGAGUCCCACAUUUCAGAUGAUAAACAUGUCAUUAUCCCAAAUCACCUUCAUGUUCCUGAAGCCGAAAAACUCGGCUUCUGUUUUGGGAGUUUUGAUGCCAUUUUUGGUUUUAAUAAAACCCCCUCAAACUCAAAUGGUCUUGUGGCUGUGACCAUGAGUGAAAAGACGUCUGAAGCAUCUGAGGAGGCUGAUGAAACUAUAGAGGAUCAAACGCAAUCCAGAAAUGAAAAUGCUGAUGAAGAGGAGGAUCAUCUUGAACAACCUACCACAUCUUCAUCUAAUGUACCCAAGAAUUUACCAACAGAAGGUGACAUGUCAUUGAAUGCGGGACCCGAGUGCAGAGAGUCGAAGCAAGAGACUUCUUCGUCUUCUUCUUCUUCUUCUUCUUCACUCCCUACUCCAAGUCAUCAAUACCCAGCUGUUCAUACAUCACCAAAUCCAAACUUCAGUUUUGGGUUCAUGCCACCAAUGAUUGGAAGCCAAGUUACAUCUUUUGAAAACACCAAGUCUCAGGCACACGAUGCUUCUCAUGUCCCAAGCUUUGUAGUUCAGCAACCGUUUGAUCUAGCAAGCUAUUAUGCUCACUUUUAUCGUCGGGAACUCACUAAUGCUAUCCACCACCAGUCCAACACCAACAACCGCCACACAAACCGCCGGAGUCAUGCAAAGCACCAUAUCCGUCACUCAACAACCAUUACCUGUUUUCCGUUUUUAAGCAACGAGACAUUCCCACAACAACCACAACAAGGCGGCGGAGGCAUGUAUCCAGCACCACCACCACCAGUGGCUGCCACCUCUAAUUCUAAAUACCCGCUUCCACAAUAUAAGCCAGGAAGCAAUACAGGGAAUAUUGGAAUGGCGGGAAGCUAUGGACCGUAUGCUUCAGCAGCCCCUGCUGGUUAUAACCAAGAUUUCUUGAAAUACAACGAAUCAUCUCUAAUGAAGCUGCCUUGUAAGAUAUUUGAUCCCAUUCCACUUGGUGAAGCUGCUGUUGUUGGGAGGAUGAAGGAUGUAGAUUCAGUAGCAAUGCGUGAAGGUUCAUCUUUAUAUGAUUUGGUUCAAAUGAGAAUCACUACCACACAUGCUUCUGUUGGAGUGGUGGUUCGCUUGAGGGAAGAGUUAUCUCUUGUAAAAGAUAAACCUGCUCAUUUUGCAAUUGACCAACUGCCGCCACCACCAUCUUGGAGCCUCGCAGCCGCCGUUGCGUUGCCAAGACCGAUCGUCGCAGGCUACCUCAUCGUUGAAGCGCCACCACCACCAAUACUGCUGCCGAAUAUGUCAUGGGCAGCCGAAUGA